ACCCGGAAAAGAAGAAUAAGAAAAAAGUCAUAUGACAAGGGGCUUGCGAGGCUAACACUACCGGGAUGGCAGCCUUCUUACAGUGGAGAAAAUUCGUCUUCUUUGAUAAGGAAGCUGUGACAGAUCCCCAUGAUAAUGGCAAAAAGUUCGUUCUUCCUAAAGGAAUAUCAGCAAGUGACUCCGGCCGGGGCCUUAUCGUUCUGGGAGAUAUGGAAGGCAACAUUUGGCUGGUGACUCGAUCACUGCAGCUGACAUCUUUCCAGGCCUACAAGCUGCGAGUCACGCACCUCUACCAGCUGAAGCAGCACAGCAUCCUCGUGUCGGUCGGUCUGGACGAGCACGGGAUACACCCACUUGUGAAGGUCUGGAACCUAGACAAGAGAGACGGUGGAAACCCGCUCUGCACCAGGAUUUUUCCUGCACAUCUUGGCACCAAACCGACAGAAGUGUCUUGUCUCAGUAUACAUGAAAACCUCAACUUCAUGGCUAUUGGAUUUACAGAUGGCAGCGUGGUUCUGACCAAAGGUGAUAUCACAAGAGAUCGACACAGUAAGACUGUGACUCUGCAUGAGGGAAAUAGUCCAGUCACAGGCCUGGCCUUCCGUCAAGUCAAAUCCACCCAUUUAUUUGUUGCUACUCUGGAGAAAGUCUAUUGCUACACCCUUUCCAUCAAGGAGUAUCCAAAAGUAGAGCUGGAUUCUCAUGGCUGUGCACUGCGCUGCUCAUCCUUGGCAGAUCCAUCUCAAGAUUCUCAGUUUAUUGUAGCUGGAGAUGAAUGUGUUUAUUUAUACCAGCCAGAUGAACGAGGACCCUGCUUUGCUUUUGAAGGGCAGAAGCUGUUGGCUCACUGGCAUCGUGGAUAUUUGUUCCUAGUCAACAAAGAUGUGAAGUCACCCAACAAAGCAGGGUUUGGUGGAGGAGAGAUCUCACCAUCAGAGAAACAGCUUUUAACCGUCUACGACCUGGACAACAAGUUCAUUGCCUAUAGUUCCUGUUUUGAUGAUGUCAUUGAUGUCGUGGCAGAGUGGGGAUCCUUUUACAUUUUAACUAGAAGCGGAACAAUGUUUCUACUGCAGGAGAAGGACACACAAACCAAACUAGAGAUGCUCUUUAAGAAGAACCUGUUUGUCAUGGCUAUUAACCUGGCUAAGAGCCAACACCUGGACAGUGACGGACUGUCGGAGAUCUUUCGACAGUACGGUGAUCACCUGUACUUGAAGGGAGAUCAUGACGGCGCCAUCCAGCAGUACAUUCGCACGAUUGGCAAGUUGGAGCCUUCGUAUGUUAUUAGAAAAUUCCUGGAUGCUCAGCGGAUCCACAACUUAACGGCUUACCUACAAGCCCUUCACAGGAAGUCACUGGCCAAUGCAGAUCACACCACAUUGCUGCUGAACUGCUACACCAAACUAAAGGACAGCUCCAAGCUGGAGGAGUUCAUUAAGAGCAGUGAAACUGAAGUGUGCUUCGAUGUCGAGAUUGCCAUCAAGGUUCUUCGCCAGGCGGGCUACCAUCGCCCCGCCGUGUACUUGGCUGAAAAGCACAAACAUCAUGAGUGGUAUCUGAAAAUCCAGCUGGAAGACCUCAAGAACUAUCAGGAAGGUCUGCAUUACAUCGGAUGUUUGCCUUUUGAACAAGCUGAAAGCAACAUGAAGCGUUACGGGAAAACGCUGAUGCAUCAUGUACCUGAAGGGACGACGCUGCUCCUUAAAGAAAUAUGUACCAACUACAGUCCUAAUGGGGAUGCCGUCAGCGUGGACAGAGGUCAAGUCAACAAGGCAAACUCUGAGGAAUUCAUUCCCAUUUUUGCAAAUAAUCCCAGAGAGUUGAAAGCCUUCCUGGAGCACAUGAUCAAGGUGGACCCCUGUUCUCCUCAAGGCGUGUACGACACCCUGCUGGAGCUGCGACUGCAGGACUGGGCACAUGAGCAAGACUUUGAGAGAAAAAAGCAUCUCCAGGUGGAAGCUUUAUCCCUCUUGAGGAGUGACAACACUGUGUUUGACAAGGCCUUGGUUCUUUGUCAAAUGCACAACUUCAAAGAAGGCAUCCUCUACCUUUAUGAGAAAGGAAAACUGUAUCAACAAAUCAUGCACUAUCACAUGCAGAAUGAGGAGUAUGGGAAGGUAGUAGAAGUCUGUAAGCAUUACGGAGACCAAGAAGGCUGCCUGUGGGAGCAGGCGCUUGGAUACUUUGCCAAGAAGGAAGAGGACUGCAAGACUUUUAUCAGUGAAGUCCUGCAUCACAUUGAUCAAAAAAACUUGAUGCCUCCUCUACUCGUCGUGCAGACACUGGCACACAACUCUACAGCCACUCUCUCGGUCAUCAAGGAAUAUCUCAUCAAUAAGUUGAAGAGAGAGAGCCAGCAGAUAGAGGAAGAUGAGAAGAAGAUUUCCCAGUACCGGGAGGAAACUGCCGUCCUCCGCUCUGAGAUAAAGGAGCUCAAAUCAAGUGCAAAGAUAUUCCAGAAGACCAAGUGCAACAUGUGCAACAGCCCUUUGGAGCUUCCGUCUGUUCAUUUCCUGUGCAGUCACUCGUUUCACCAGCACUGCUUUGAGAGCUACGCCGAGACUGAGGCAGAGUGUCCAACCUGCACUCCAGAGAACCGAAAAGUCAUGGACAUGCUGCGCUCUCAGGACCAAAAGCGUGAUCUUCACGACCACUUUAACCGACAAUUACGGAUCUCCAACGACGGUUUCUCAGUCGUCGCGGACUAUUUUGGUCGAGGAGUGUUUAACAAGCUGACUCUGGUCACUGACCCCCCCGGUAAGACUGUUGGAAGCCUAGAAGUGAACCUGCAGAGAGAUCUUCUCAUCCACACCAGGAAAAAUAAUUAGACAUCUCCAUCAUGUCUCAACCAACAUCCUUUGCUGUCUUCUUCAAGAACGUAUUUUACCCCAAAGAUGCCAAAUAACAUAAUUUCAAAUACUGAAGCUUCUUUUGGUACUUUUGGCUGACAUUUUUGCUCUACUGUUGAAGUUGAUGGAGUUGAUUACUGGACACUAUGACAGUUGUGUGUUUUAUAACCCCACUAAAUCACUUAAAGAUAAGAGCCGUGCUUGUUUGUUUGUUUUCUGUAAAUGGUGAUUAUAAAAGAACAAAUGUAAUUCUGUCGGCCAUCUGCAAUGAAGAAUAAUGUCAUAUCACUCCGUGUGAAAUAAAAAAUGAAGAGUUAGUAUUGUUACAUAGGUUCUUCUUCAAGCAAAUGCUUCCAUGCACACCCCCUUUUUUUAUUUUACUACCCCCGAACAGGUGGCAUACUAAAACACUGAACAAAUAAAAAUGUGCCUAUCUUCGUG